CCAAACCGACCGUUGCUCUUCCUUCCUUCCCUGCCUGCCGGCUGCCGGUCACUAGCUGCCGGUCACUAGCUGCCGCUUCAACUCUUUCAUUCCCAUCUCUUGCUGCUCUCCCGUCACUUUGACCUGCCGCCAUUACGACCUGUCUAUUCUCCUCUCCAAGUACCUCCUUCCCCGGACUCCUGUAGCCCACUACACUUCCUCUGUCAAUGAUCCUUUUGGUUUUGGUUUUGGCUAUGGGCUUUGUCGAUUCACCUUGAAAACCCUUAUACCCAACUUGCCACUACACCAUACGUGAACUCUUUUGGUUCAGAAACAAUACAUUUUAGAACAUCGGUAAGUGAAUUCAGCUUAUCAGAGCCUAGGGUUAAGCAAGAUGCCACGAACCACCACUGUGGAGUGCCCCGGCUGCCCUCCGCUUCGAGCCCUAACCUUCGACGCUCUAGGUCUCAUCAAAGUCACAGAGUCUCGAGGCAACAGCGGAGGAAUUCCUCAGGUGGUGGAAAGAUGGGGGGAUGCCGAUUCCUCAAAGUGCGUGCUUGCUGCCUCUAUUGAUGAUCGUGCAAACGACCCAAUACUAGCUGUUGCGAGGAAAAAUGGCACUAUUGAAAUUUCCAAUCCUCUUAGUGGUGACAUUUUUGUGUCCAUAUCUGAUUUUGGUGACGGUGAUGGUCACCCUGAAGAUGAUGAUAUUGCUGGUUUACAUAUAUUCAAGAAGAGCAGAUCGGUGGGAUCAUGCUCUUUGCUUACAUGUACAACCAAAGGCAAUGCAAGUUUGAGGUCAGUCGACAUUGCACCUACAGAGAGCAUCAACAAUGGUGCCUCUAAUUCGUGGAAAGUUUGUGCUGCUGGUAAGGUCUUAUGUGCUAAAGUCCAUGGAAGUGAAAAACAUGCUUUAUUUGGAGGGAAAGGCGUUGAAGUUAAUUUGUGGGAUCUUGAGAGCUCUACUAAGAUUUGGGCUGCAAAACCUCCUCCCAAAAACAACCUUGACAUCUUUACCCCAACAUGGUUUACCUCUGCAACAUUCCAGACGGGGGAUGAUCACCGGAAGUUUGUGGCUGGCACCAACAGCCACCAGGUCCGUGUCUAUGAUACUUCUACUCAACGCCGACCUGUGAUCUCUUUUGAUUUUCGGGAGACCCCUAUUAAAUCAGUUGCUGAAGAUCAUGAUGGUUAUACUAUUUAUGUGGGGAAUGGCUCUGGUGAUCUUGCGUCUAUCGACACCCGCACAGGAAAAUUAGUAGGUUGCUUUCUGGGGAAGUGUUCUGGAAGCAUAAAAUCCAUAGCCCGACAUCCAUAUCAUCCGGUGAUAGCAUCAUGCGGUCUUGACAGCUACUUGCGUUUGUGGGAUGUGAAAACAAGAGAACUUCUUUCAGCUACUUUCCUGAAGCAGCAUCUCACAUGUGUCGUCUUUGAUUCCAAUUUUUCUGACAAAGAAGUAGUAGCUCCUGAUGCACAGCACGCGGAUGAGAUCCCAGGAGAAGUUGAGCAGGAAGCUUUGAAGCUUGCAAAGAGAAAAAAGUCCCCAGAAGAAAUGAAAGGCAAAAAGAAGAAAUCUAAGGAUGAUGGAAGCAAGAAAUCCAGGAAAAAGAGCCGCCAGAUGGAGAGCGAGGAGUGUGAUGAUUCAUAAUACAGCACGUUAAUGUAAAGCUUGUUACUUCGUUUUGAUCGUGAGUUUUCAAAAUAUACAGGUGGUUUUGAG